CCAGGGGUCAGGGUCCGAGGCAGUGUUUAACAUGCUUGGUGAUUAUAUUUCCCUGAGCAAACCUUUUUUUCUCCGGUAGCAUGUUGAGUGACACCACAUGUGACACAGGGCUUGCAGAUCAACCGAGACUUCACCAGAUCAAGAUGUGGUUGAGCCCCAUGGUAACAAUUCCCCAUCAUCUGAAACCCACUCGGAGUCACCGACAGCGAAUCGGGAAGCCGAGAUUAUGCGAUCACAUCUCGAUCGCCACAGCCAGCCGAGGUUGGCAUUGGCCCUUAUGCCCCCGCUCUUUGUAUUACGUUGCACGCCCUCUUAUUCAGCGGUAAUGCUCUCCUGUCGGAGUCCACCCUGGAGCACCUAAAAGAGCCCCUUGCCCAAAUCUUUGUUGGACCAUCCAUCAACCGUGUCCAAACACAAUGGCCGAGAUCCCAGAGCCCGCUGGGCUGCCGUUCAUCGGCAACGUUGGCACAAUCGACCAGGAAUUUCCCCUGGGGUCUAUGGUAGCUCUAGCAGAGGAACACGGCGAGAUCUAUCGACUACGAUUCCCCGGACGAACGGUCGUCGUCGUAUCCACCCACGCACUGGUCAACGAAACCUGCGACGAGAAGCGAUUCCGAAAAUCCGUCAAUUCGGCACUCGCCCAUGUCCGCGAGGGUGUUCAUGAUGGACUCUUCACAGCCCGGAUGGGAGAACUCAACUGGGAGAUUGCGCAUCGAGUCCUGAUGCCAGCCUUUGGCCCGCUCUCCAUCCGAGGCAUGUUCGACGAGAUGCACGACAUUGCCAGCCAGCUCGCCCUGAAGUGGGCGCGGUACGGGCCUGACAGCCCCAUCAUGGUCACGGACGACUUCACCCGUCUAACCCUGGAUACGCUGGCCUUGUGUUCGAUGGGAUACAGAUUCAACAGCUACUACUCGCCUGCGAUGCAUCCGUUUAUCGAAGCCAUGGGUGAUUUUCUUACAGAGGCUGGCGAGAAGCCGCGGAGGCCACCCUUGCCGUCCGUGUUUUUCCGCGGUCGCGAUCAGAAGUUCCAGGAAGAUAUUGCGGUGCUGCGAGAUACGGCUCAAGGGGUUCUCAAGGCGCGCAAGGAAGGGAAGAGCGAUCGCAACGACCUCCUUGCGGCCAUGCUGCGGGGCGUCGAUUCGCAGACUGGACAGAAGAUGACCGAUGAGAGCAUCAUGGAUAAUCUUAUCACCUUCCUGAUUGCCGGCCACGAAACUACCUCGGGCCUUCUCUCAUUUGUCUUUUAUCAGUUGCUGAAGCACCCAGAAACAUACCGCAAGGCGCAGCAAGAGGUGGACGAGGUGGUUGGACAAAGCGUCAUUGAAGUGUCGCACUUGUCUAAGCUUCCAUACAUCACCAGUGUCCUCCGUGAAACCCUUCGUCUCAACGCUACCAUCCCUCUAUUCACAGUCGAGGCCUUUGAGGACACCCUUCUCGCGGGCAAAUACCCCGUCAAGGCGGGCGAGGUUAUUGUCAACCUUCUAGCCAAGUCGCAUCUGGACCCCGAGGUCUACGGAGACGAUGCGCUGGAGUUCAAACCAGAGCGUAUGUCCGACGAGGCUUUCAAUGCGCGAGUCAAAAAGUUCCCCAAUGCAUGGAAGCCAUUCGGGAACGGGAUGCGAGCGUGCAUUGGACGACCGUUCGCCUGGCAGGAAGCACUCUUGGUGAUGAUCAUGCUUCUCCAGAACUUUGAUUUCUCUUGGGCCGAUGCCAACUACGACUUGAAGUAUAAACAGACAUUAACGAUCAAACCGAAAGACAUGUAUAUGAAAGCAAGCUUGCGCCACGGCCUCAAUCCAACUACGCUUGAGCGUCGGCUGGCUGGCCUUGCGACGACGGAAACGACUACACCAGCAAAUGUUGUCGCUGACUCCGGGGACACUUCUGCCUCGGGUUCUCGAUUGACUAUUCUAUAUGGCUCGAAUAGCGGAACAUGCGAAACGCUUGCGCGACGGAUUGCAGCCGAUGCAGCUUCCAAGGGAGUCCAGGUCAGGCGGUUUGAUGGUCUUGACAGUGGCCGUUCUGCGCUUCCCACAGACCACCCUGUCGUUAUCGUGACCUCUUCAUACGAGGGACAGCCGCCUGAGAACGCAAAACAGUUUGUUUCCUGGCUGAAAGAAUUGGAGCAGGAGAAUAAUGGAGAAACCCCGCUCAAGGGCGUGGACUUUACCGUCUUUGGCUGCGGCAACAAGGAAUGGGCGCAGACAUUCCACCGCAUCCCCAAGCUGGUUGACAGCUUGCUGGAGAAGCUGGGGGGCUCUCGUCUCGCGGAGAUGGGGCUCGCGGACGCAUCCGCCGAUGAGCUCUUCUCUACCUUUGAGACUUGGGCUGACGAUGUGCUCUGGCCCCGUCUGGCUGAGAAGUAUGGGGCAGUAGAGAAGGACAACCAGUCAUCUUCCAAGCAGGAGCCUUCUGCGGCUGUAGCAGUGACGGUCUCUAAUUCUCGCACACAGGCCCUGCGCCAGGACGUGGGCCAGGCGAUGGUUGUGGAAACCCGGCUACUGACUGCGGAGGCUGAAAAGGAGCGGCGCAAGAAGCACUUGGAGAUCCGGCUGCCAGAGGGCGUCACCUACACGGCAGGCGACUACCUCGCUGUGCUGCCCAUCAACCCUGCUGAAACCGUGCGUCGAGCGAUGCGGCGGUUCAAGCUGGCCUGGGAUGCGCAGAUCACCAUUGCAGCCUCGGGGCCGACAACGGCCUUUUUUUUUUUCAAGCAGAAGACGGCAUACGAGAUCCUCAGUACCUACGUGGAGCUAUCGCAGCCUGCCACUCGCAAGGACUUGAGAGUUAUGGCCGAUGCAAGCUCGGACCCAGACGUUCAGAAGACUUUACGUACCUACGCGAACGAGACAUACACAGCCGAUAUCCUCAGCAAGAGCAUCUCCGUCCUUGACAUCCUCGAACAAUAUCCUUCAGUGAAUCUCCCAUUGGGAUCAUUCCUGCUGAUGCUCCCAUCCAUGCGGAUGCGCCAAUACUCCAUAUCCUCCUCCCCCCUACUAACUUCCACCACCGCCACAAUCACAAUAUCCGUCCUCGACGCACCCUCGCGCUCCCGCGCCAACGGCACCCGCCACCUCGGCGUCGCAACCACAUACCUCGACUCCCUCAGCGCAGGUGACCACCUCCAGGUCUCAAUCCGCAAGAACCCCUCCUCCAGUUUCCGAUUACCCAGUGACCCAGAAUCCACGCCGAUGAUCUGCAUCGCCGCCGGGUCGGGCAUCGCUCCCUUUAGAGCCUUCUUGCAGGAGAGGGCGGUGCUGAUGGAGCAGGACAAGCAGCGCAAGUUAGCUCCCGCACUGCUCUUCUUCGGAUGCCGCGCGCCCGGAGUAGACGAUCUGUACCGGGAGCAGCUGGACGAAUGGCAGGCGGCGGGCGUUGUGGAUGUACGGUGGGCGUUUAGCCGCGCGGCUUCUGAGAGUAACGGGUGUCGACACGUGGAUGACCGGAUCCUGGCGGAUCGUGAGGAUGUAGUGCGCUUGUGGAGGGAUGGUGCGAGGGUGUAUGUUUGUGGAUCGGGGGCGCUGGCUGAGUCGGUUCGCGGCGCGAUGGUUCAGGCCCUGAGGGAUGAGAUGGAGAAGUCAGAUGAUGAUGGUAGCAGUGGUAGUGGUGUUGACAAGGCGGAGAAGUGGUUUGAUGAGCAGAGGAAUGUGAGGUAUGUGAUGGAUGUCUUUGAUUAAGGCUUCCAAUGUGAUUUUAUUUUGUUUGUUGAAAAGGAUCAAGCUUGCGCUAUGUAUAUUAGGGAUUAUUAUGGUUUUGGUAUAGAAGAGAUUGAUAUGACU